CUACCUUCUAAACAUCAGAUUCUGAUUAAUUUUUGUUUUUUUACUCCACAGGCAUGUCCGGGUGAGGCUAUGCAAGAUGUGCUCUGCGAAGAUCUUCCACUCUGUCCAGUCAACGGCGGUUGGUCCUCAUGGGGUCCGUGGUCAAGUUGUUCACGUACCUGCGGUCCAGGCAGCACACAGCGCCGUGGACGCAAAUGUGAUAUGCCACCACCAGCCAACGGUGGUCGGGCAUGUAAUGGUCCUGAGAGUCAAGUUCGAGCCUGCGAGAGAAAGAACUGCCCAAUUGAUGGUGGAUGGAGUGCGUGGGGACCGUGGUCUCAUUGCUCCAAGAGCUGCGAUGGUGGUAUUCGCCGUAGAACUCGUCAGUGCAAUAACCCCACUCCACAAUUUGGUGGUGCCCAGUGUGAAGGUAGUGAUAGUGAAAGCAUGGAAUGCCAAGAAAAUCCAUGCCCUGUCAAUGGAGAAUGGUCGAAUUGGUCAUCAUGGUCGGCCUGUGCAGGAAGAUGUGGCGUGGGGAUACAAUCGCGUACCCGCACAUGCACAGAGCCGGCGCCAUUGUACGGUGGCCAUCUGUGCCGUGGUAGUGCAAAGGAUAGUCGAAAAUGCACGCUGCCUUAUACUGAUGGAGAUGAAACCUGUCCAAGCCAAUCUGGCGUCGGUAGUGCCGGUGCCAGCUGGUCACAAUGGUCCUCGUGGUCCGAAUGCCUUCCAGAUUGUUCCAUUCCAACCGAAGGUGAAUUGGGUGAAAGCGGACGACGCCAUCGUACAAGAACUUGCACAGUACGUCGAGAUGGAAAAUAUGUCAACGCAAAAUCGAUUCGAGAGUGUGAGGGCCAUGCUGAAGAAGUUGAGAAAUGCUAUCCUCCACCAGGCGCCUCAUUUGAAUGUACCGAUAAAAAUCGCCCGCUCUUCGGUAAGUUGGUUGGCGAAGUGCGUGGUCGACUUGGAGAAAAGCUAUUGAGUGGAAUUGAAGUGCACGGAAACUGGUCAAUGGUGUUGCCGGAAGCAACUAGCUUCAAGAUUGAAUUCAAAAAUGUUCCACCAGAGCAUUCGUUGUGUCUACAAGUUCUUUCAGAAAUGGCAUCACCCGCGUUCUGGUAUGCCGCAAAAGAGAUUGAGAGUGCCUCCAACGGUGAAUAUGUAACUAUUAGAAAUGGUGAUUUCACCUGGAACAGUCUAGGUCAAUUUGCAGACAGCUCAAAUGUCCGUUUAGAACAAUCACUGCGUCGUGUGGAUGAUAACUUUGGCAACGAACUUGACAAGGGUGUUGUAUUGCGAAUGGAAACGACCAUCAACGGCGAUUGUCCCAUUUCACUUCGUCCAGACACUGUUGAAGAUGGGGAUGAGAAUACUUGGAGUGCUGGAGCUAAGGUUGAAUUGAGCGACUUCAAGGAACAGGUCGUUCAACUUGAUCCCUCUAAAGGCAAGCUGCAUGCCUUUUCUUCACGCACCUACAGCGUUGUGGAUUGGACGAAUGGACGUAGACUCACAGAACCCUAUGGAUGGAAUUCCGAUCUAACUAUAUCAGCAGGUCAUCGUCAGCGUUUCCUCUCUCAGAUGCUUUUUGUUGAUGGUCUUACGGUUUCAAGUGAUCCGGCAAGAGGAAUCAUCACGUUGACUGCAAAUACUGCCAUUUCUAAAGUCAGUGGAGCUGUCUGUCCUGAAGGCUUUGAAAUUGUGGAGGCCCGUAUGGAUGGCCGAAAACAGGUCCUGGGAUCCGUUAACCUCGACUACUGCCGAGACGUGAAUGAAUGCAUAAACCCUCGGUUAAAUACCUGCGAUCAAGUCUGCGAGAAUACAUCACCAGGGUAUCGUUGCAAGUGUCAUGAGGGAUAUCGUCUAUCACCUGACGGCCGAUCAUGUUUGGACAUAGAUGAGUGCACAGAGGGCGAGAACGCGGGUAUUCUGGUAUGUUUGGCGGGUCAGCGAUGCAUCAACAAACCGGGGACUUUCAGUUGUGUUGAGGGUUGUGGCGAGGGCCAAAAACCUUCAGCAUCCGGUGAUACAUGCGAGAAUAUUGAUGAAUGUCGUUCUGACAAGGAUGUUUGCGGCGUUGGGCAUCGUUGUAUAAGCACCUACGGUGGAUACACCUGUGUCUGUCGAUCAGGUUUCGAGGUAGUCAACAACAAAUGUGUUGAUAUUGAUGAAUGUCAGAUUGGAGAAUCACGGUGCAGAAGCAAUGAGGCCUGCGUAAAUCUACCCGGUUCCUUUGAAUGCCGUCAUGUUUGUCCACGUGGAUAUCGAUUUGUUGGUGAAUUAGCUGGAGGUGUUCCAAAUUGUAUUGACAUCGACGAAUGCGCAACCAACGAAAAUGUCUGCCCUGUGGAAGCACUCUGUGUCAAUGAACCCGGAUCUUACCGUUGUCAGUGCCCUGACGGACAAGCACUCGUUGGACAUUCUUGCCUAGCCCAAGAUAAGUUUUUUUCUGUUUUCACUUCAUUAAUGCCUAUUUAUUUGUAG